CGCGCAUGCGCGGCGUGGGUCAAUGGCGGGGCACGCCAGCCUGGCGGAAGCGCUCGUUCCAACAUGGCGGGUGAGGCGGGCGGACUGUUCAAACGGGUGCUGGUGCCGAUUCUCUUACCUGAGAAAUGCUAUGAUCAGCUUUUCGUCCACUGGGACUUGCUCCAUGGCAAGUUCUUGGCCAAGGGUUACAGGAGCUAUCAGAGCCUUUGUUCCCUGCCUCAAGAUUCUCCUCAGCAAAGGCCUUGGGCUGGGCAUUGUGGCUGGAUCACUUCUGGUAAAGCUGCCCCAGAUAUUUAAAAUCUUGGGAGCCAAGAGUGCAGAAGGACUGAGUCUCCAGUCAGUAAUGCUGGACCUGGUGGCAUUGACGGGGACUGUGGUCUACAGCAUCGUCAACAGCUUCCCCUUCAGCUCUUGGGGUGAAGCACUGUUCCUGACACUCCAGACAAUUACCAUCUGCUUCCUGGUCAUGCACUACAGAGGACAGACCGUGAAAGGAGUGGCUUUCCUUGCCUGCUAUGCGAUGCUCCUGCUGGCGCUGCUCUCCCCACUCACACCUUUGGCUGUAGUCACCCUGCUCCAGGCCUCCAAUGUCCCUGCUGUGGUGGUGGGGAAGUUGCUUCAGGCAGCCACCAACUACCGCAAUGGGCACACGGGCCAGCUUUCAGCUAUCACAGUGUUUAUGCUGUUUGGGGGCUCCUUAGCCAGAAUCUUCACUUCUGUUCAGGAAACUGGAGACCUCCUCAUGGCUGGAGUCUUUGUGGUUUCUUCCUUCUGCAAUGGCCUCAUUGCUGCCCAGCUCCUCUUCUACUGGAAUGCAAAGCCUCUCCACAAACAUAAAAAGGAGCAAUAGUACUGAGCUAGCUUCUAGAAUCAUUCCACUUCCAUUCAUCCACUCAACUAGAAGGUCCUCCCCACAUGAUGGGGUCUGCCGGUUCAACUCAAGCAUCCUCCAUUCCUGCAUGACUGCAACCUCCUGAGCCAGGGUUUGUGUAAAUAGUAAAGCUUUUCUAAGUCCUGUUUCACCAAUUGGCUGAGGCCCCUCCUUUAUAAGCAGCUAUUUUGUUGUUGUAGCAGAUGCCUUGCCUUGUCCACUUACCUUCCUUUGGGACGGAGGACAGAGCCUGGACAAAUGCGGUUGGGAACUUAUGGCUGCUUCCCUCUGCCAGCUGGCUAGGACAAUCUAUUGGACCCUAGUUCUGGAGGUGGGGGAGAGGGAGGAUGACUCAGGUAAGGGCCUCAGGGUGGGGUAGGGAGGUUCAUGCUGUGGCAGGUCCACGAAGGGUGUGGAGAAGGCAUGGGGUUGCUGCUGUAAUAAGAAUACAGAUGGGACAAUAAAGACUCAGAGACGUG